AUGGCGACUCCUCGAAUAUCUUCCACUCACUUGAACCAAAAUUCGCCGCAAUGGCAACAUUUACUCCGGGCUACGCUGCGGGAAUGUACUUAUCUUCCCGACCCGAUUGCUCGAACCUAUAUGCAUGGCUAUAUUCUGGACCGAUAUCGCCGGGCUUUCCAAUCUAAGCAGCCGGAAGCGAAGUUGAUUCACACAGCAAAGAAGGAAUUAUCUCGACUCCAAAGAGCAAAUCAAGGCUACCCCCGCCCAUUGGACCGAGUCAUGAUGAUGUCCUAUGGUCGCAUUGGAAAACGAAGACACGAGUUACUAGCUGAAUUGAUGAACCCUGAUGUGCCGACAGAUACAAACGCACUCAGGGAAUUGGUCACUAAAGCUCCAAACUUUACGGAUGGGUGGGAGCCCCCGCAAAUCAUUUUGUCUCUUAUCAAGUCUCAGAUGAACAACGGGGUGGUCACAUCAUCUCGUAUUCGACCUCAGCUCAAAGGUGUCGAACCACCCGUACCUGAGAAGAACAGCUGGGGUCGACCUUUGGGAGAAUCUCGCAAAGCCAAUAUCCGGCAUAAGUGGUACUUUGACACGUUGUUUUGUCUUCUACCACCGCUACCGGAUAAAGAACUCAAAGUUCUGGACGGUUUGAUAGCCGGGACGGUGCUAUGGAAGCCUCGGAAACGCAAGCAAGUAGAAGAAGCUCAACCCCCCCAGGAUAACCUCUUAUUGGAUCUACUGGCGGAUGGUCCUCAGAAGGGUCCCACUUUCCGGCCAUAUCUUCUUGGUCGGCCGCAUCAGAUCACCCCCAGGUUCAUGGCCCGCCAGUGGCGGCGUAUCUCUGCUCUUGUGCCGCGGAAAUUCUGGAACGAAAAGUCAGCCAAGCCGAUGAAGUGGAUUUUCCACUGGGAUGACCCCAAGAAAAUGCCAACAUUGGCCUUUGAUGUGGACCAGGAUGCAGAUGUCAAUGAAAUUUUCGGAGAAUCAUCCGAGGCCAAGAGCACACCCGAGAGCUCAACAAAAACUCAAACACCACCUACCCAAUAA